AUGUUGGCCAAAUUGACGACAAAGAUUGCGCUCCGCAAGGCCGGCAUACCUUCUUCCGGCCUGGCUAUGCCCGACGUCUCUGCACUUACGGGCUCGGGAGGUCGAGAUGGCACUGGAGGUGCGCUAUCGACGUUUGCGAACCCAUUCGCGAACCUCCAGGUGCCGGUAGCUUUGAAGUCGUGGCAAAACCCAAUGCCACCGCCAGUUGAGGUUGCGCCUCCACCUCUGAUUGACACUCGCGCACCGACCUGUCCGAAACUUGCCCUUCCUGUGGCAAAUGGCACUCGGAGACCAUGUAUUGUUGUCUUCUUGAGGCACUGUGGAUGCCCAUUUGCCGAAGAGACCUUCCUCAACAUGCGCGGCCUCGCUAACAAGUAUCCCAAAGUAAUAUUCUAUGCCAUUUCGCAUUGUACUAAAGAGGCUACCGACAAGUGGAUUUAUGCCCUAGGCGGAGCUUGGGCGGUUCAAGUCAUCAUUGACGAAGAGCGCGAAGUAUACGCCCAGUGGGGUUUGGGGGUUAGUACGACUUACCAUCUCUUGAACCCAUGGACACAAAUGGCCGCCCGGAAACUUGGUACAGAGAAGGGGAUAUGGGGUCGUGAGGUUGAUCCCAGUGGAAACCGCUGGGUUGUCGGAGGUGCCUGGAGUACGAACGAAUUGGGCACAAUUAAAUGGGGACAACCGAGCAGCACGGCAGAUGAUAUCCCAAAAUUGGAAGAAGCCGUGAAAAGCCUAGGGCUUUAG